AGACCCGUAACAGAGCCUGUAACCUAGAUUACGUCGAGUUGGCUUACUCACAAAGGAACCGCAAAUUAUCAUGGCCGGGUUACGGAACUUGGAAGUAGAGCAGUUAGAUUGGUACCAUGGGGACUUGUCGCGCCACAUGGCAGAAGCCCUCCUCAUGGCCAAUGCUGAGGAUGGCAGCUACCUUCUCCGCUCCAGUGCCACACGAGUCGGGGAAUAUUCACUCUCUGUCAAGUGCAAAGACUCAGUAAAACACUUCCAGAUAGGAUGGGACGGCAAGCAGUACCAGUUUGGAAUGGGGGUGUUCCAGUCUCUACAAGAGUUUGUCGAGCACUUUGCAAACCAACCACUUAUUGGUGGAGAGUCAGGCAUUCUGACAGCUCUGCGCCACCCCUAUUCCCGCAAUGUGCAUGAGCCCGAUGUUUAUGAUACUGUGACCGUCCACGCAUCACUCGGUCAGCAGGACAGCCUACUGUUAGCUCCAGCUGUAGCUGCCUCCUCUUCAACUAAGACUAUGCCAAUUGCAUCCAAGGAGGGAUAUCUCACAAAGCAGGGGUGGAAUUUUAAGUCCUGGAAGACCAGAUGGUUUGUUCUGAAGGGAAAUGAGAUGAAAUACUUCAGAGCAAGAUUGGACACUGAUGCCUUGAGAGUACUGGAUUUGAACACAUGUACAGGAGUGGCCCCUGACUUCACCCAGAAUAAGUCCAACUGUUUCAGCCUGACAUUCCCAGGACGGACAUUCUACAUGUACGCCAACACCCAAGAGGAGGCCAACGAGUGGAUCAAGCUGCUGAAAUGGAAACUGGAACACAAAGGACAAUGAUCAUACCUGUGCUGAGACCUUCAAGGAUUAUUUUCCAAGAUUUGCAGGAAGAGACAAAAUACAUUCCUCAGAAAGCAGUGUAUUGUUUGCUUGAAGUACGUGGUAGUUCUUUUAUAUAAUCUAGAAGUGCCUUUAUUUAUUAUAUCUGCACUAGGAAACGUCUUUGCUAUGAUGCAGAAAUUAUAAUGAAAUUCUAUUUUUCUUGAUCACAAAUGUAAGCUCAAAGAGCUGUUAAAGAUGGGGGAGGGGGGCAUGAACCACAACCUGAGUGUUUGAGGACAGUGGACCAAUCAAGUUGCUUUUUACAACUUUUAAAAUAAUAGUACCCAAGAUGGUGUUUGUAGGUAGGAGUCACUCUUUGUUUGUUUGUUUUUUGUUAAGAAGUAAGUAUCAUUAUCAAUUCAUUAUUCUGAUGACUGGACAUAUAGCCUUUGUCUACACUGCUAUCACAUACUUGUAGUUUACACUGUUAGUUAACCAUAACUAUAGUCUCCAGUCUAUUAUGAUUUUUAUACGAUUUUCAAUUUUUAUCUUGUCAUGAUAAGGACAUAUCAUUUGAAAUAGAUAGAUGAAUGAAAUAGAUUAGAUAAAUGCACCAGUACCAGCUAUGCACAAGUAGAUUCAGUGAUAUUUCAGUAUGAAAUUUACAUUGUAAAGACAAAUGCAGUUCAAUAACAGCCAUUGUAAUUAAUUAUCAGACUAUAUACACAUGUAUUUCAGUAUUCAAUGAAUCAUAUAUGUAACCUGGACUUUGAAUUCAUUAUUAUGUGCAUGUACACCUUCGAAUUCACAUGUAUGCCUUGUACAUUUCAAGCAUUGUGCACAAUAAAGAACUUGAACUCA